AUGGACCAAGACUACGAGAUCGUUGUUGCCGCUGGACUCCACACCCCGUCCCCUGGCGGCAUCCCCCGCCGCAAGUCUGUCCUCUUGCUAUACGAUUGCUCAGCAUUUCCACUUCCCGAUCUCGCGAGCAAGCUGAUCGACCUGGAUCAUGUAGUGGUCCUACCGGCCACAGCCUUGCCCGCGGCUCCACCCGUGCCCAGGCCGACGAAGGUGCGCAUGCGGAAUGUCUUUUGUUACUCAACACAAGCACCGUUCGAGAGGCCAAGCAUAGCUGUGCAAGACGCUAUCCUCAACCACAUCUAUCAGCGCACUGGAGUUCGCAAGUUCUUCACCGUUAUCGUACUAGGAACACCGCAGAUCUCAAGGGUCGGCUAUCUACCAGAGUUGCUCAACACCUGGUCAGGUAUCUCCUUUCACUUGGUCACAGAGGCUCUCCGGGUACAGCACGAGGAUUGGAGGGCUUGCUUCAACCGCUACGAAGACCUGCUCCUGCGUUAUCGGGAAAACAUGACCUGGUGCACCUACCAACUCGAGACACUGAACGGCAUUCGUGGCGUCUCGUGGUUGGACGUCGAUGAGGCGGACGUGCAGAGGCCGGCAGAUCGCAAGGUUGUCGCUCCGGCGUCGAAGUGGCGAUGCGUGCUUGGGCAGCAGUGA